CCCAAGAUGGCUGCGGUUUCUGUCAGCGUGGAGUGAAACUUUCCUAUUUUAGUGAAGAUUAUGUCAUUUUCCAACACAUUUUGUCGACUAAAGUCGUAUGAUUAUUAAGGUUAGCAUUGCCGGAACACAGAGGCGUUUGAUAGUGGUCGUCAGGACCGAGUGGCGGCAUUCUGGGCCCCGUUUUUCAUCGCAAAAUCGCUGGGCUUUCCUUGAAGUUGACGGUGGCUAGAUGCCUGACAUUGCGAUCAUACAGACUGUUGUUGCCAUCAUAUCGUUCAACGCGGAACUGUCCGGUGAGAUUGGACUUGGCCGAGUAGCUAGUUAGCUCAGCGGUCAAAGUGCGUCGAAGACGACUCGGCAGCUUUUCGUUCAGCUGGAUUCCGUCGGGGCUGGUCGGAGAUCCCGAGGACGUGUCACGUCACCUGUCACUUGAGAUAAAUAGUUGGUGUUGGAUGUCACCACCAGUCAGUGUCGGGCUCAACUUGGUUUGCUAGCGUCGUACAGCCAUCCUGGCAAAUCAAAUGGAGAAGCUCCAGGACCUGAGCCAAUCAGAGCUCCAGGAGCUCCUCGACAACCCAGAGAGGGUGGAGUCUAUGGCUCUGGAGUCUGACGAGAUCCAGAACAUUCAGCUGGAGAGAGAGAUGGCAUUGGCAUCAAAUCGCAGCCUGGCGGAGCAAAACCUGGACAUGAAGCCUCGUCUAGAGUCAGAGAAGGAGGUACUGGUGGAGAGAUAUUCUCAGCUGGAGGCCAUCAGAGAAACCUACAGACAACACUGCUCCCUGAGAGGUAGGAGGGAGGGACAAUGAAGUGAAUCUUGUGGCAGGGAGGAACAAAGGCUGGAUGAAUAAAUGGAGUGAGGGAUGGAGGGUUGUGUGACUUUUAUCCGGUGACUGGAGACACUUUAGAGUCCAGCUGUUAUUACAGUCUAAACUAUGCUUCACUCUGUUUAAUGGCGUAU